GCCGAGACCGACUCCUAUCUGUCCGGUGCGGGGCGGCGAUGGCCGCCAAUGCUGGAGGGAUGAGGCGGGCUAUGACCCGGGGCGAGUUCGAGGUGCUGGAGGGCCGACCCUUGCCGACCAUAUAUCUGCGCGCAACCGCUGCCGAGGAUGGUGCCCCACGCUUUGUGUCAGGGCAUGCCCUGAUGUGCAGAGAGAACGGGUUUAUGAUAGCUUUGCCAGACGUCGAGUUGGUUCAUGCUACCCUGGCCGAGCUGGUGACUCCGGAUGGUGUUCCCCUCAGCCUGUCUUUGGAGGUGGAGCUGCCUUGCGAAACCGUUCGAGGACGUCGAUUGGGACCAGGUGCGCUUUUAGAGCAUUUCGUGCGGACGCACCCGCUUCGGGCAGCUCUCGCUGGAGGAGGAACACAGCGGCUUACAGUGCUUCAGGUCGAGGGCGCCUUAGCUGGAGCCAUAGCUUCGGAGGCUUUGCGAGCUGCCCAUGCAUGGAUCGACAACUUGGACCCCGAGACGGCCCAAGAGUACAUUUCUGCGGCGGAGCCACCACCGGAGGACGACGAGCUCGGAGAGGGGCCUGUGCCAGAGAUUGCGGAGGUUGCAACUGGGCGGCCAGGCCGCUUUGCAGCGAUGGGGGAGGCCCAACGCAGCCAGAGAGGCAGACAGCUGGUCUUUUCAAUCGGGGCCGGCAGAUGGGCCCGGAGGACUGGGAGACUUUGCGGCGCCUUGCGGGCACAGCUCCUCCUUGAACGGGCCGGGUCGAACAGGCCCAACGUCCGGCACCAACUGCUGCGCUGCACCUGGAAAGCGAGUUUGAAGCUCUGCCUCCGGCCGACCGAGGUUGCCGAUCUGGAUCUGGGCCUGGAAGCUCGAUGGAGAAUCAAGGGGCACUUAGCCGGCGAAGCAUUCCUGAAGCAGGUGCAGAAUCUUCGCAAAGUCGCAAAGGUCGUGGAGGAGCAUGCUCUGGCAGAAUUGGGGCUCAGCUCGGUCGAACCCGGGCUCAUGCGGAGCUAUGUCAGCCAGCGGGUCCCCUUUGCCGAGCACCGCCUCCUGGGUCAUGUAGCGGCUUUGGCAGCAGCAGGCUGGGAGAGCGGCCACAAGGCCGGCAACGAGGAGCUCCACAAUUUCUGCGGACGCCUGCUCAUGUUCACGGAACAGGCGGCUCUCGACAAUGGGCGCCUGUCUCUGGCUUGGCUUCUGUCCGGAUAUCCAGAUCCGGACCUCGAUUAUGCAGAGAACCGGAUGGCCCAGAUUGGCGCCCGAAGCGCCAAAAGGGCGGGGAAGCGCCUGCUGCAUGACUUCGGGGCUGACGACUUGGGACGCUCAGCGGACAAGUUUAAUUCUGAUGAUGCGGAGCCACGUUUCAUCAACUUUCGGAGCGGCGCUGCUUUGCCUGUAGUUGCUGACAGGAUUAAAUGGCGAUACGCCCCAGCCUUUGACCCGAAACCCUUCCUUGACCCAUUGCUUCGUAGUGCCUAUGAAGAGCCAGCAGUGCUUCGCAAGGCCAGCAGUCAGUGGCCUGCCCGGGCGCCCGCCAAAGUGCAUUGCUCUCGUCAAGAAUUGUUACGCAUGGCUUCCAAGUGGGAUGCCUUCGGUGCUGUCAAGAUCACUCCAGCUUCUGCGUUACCUUGGGAUGAAUGCGUUGGGCUCUUCAGUGUCAGCAAGAGUGCGGCUCAUGAUCGGACGGAGGAUCUUUCCAAGCGUAUGCCUGCACGAGACACCCAAAUCAUGGACAACGCCUCCAAAGCAUAUCGCCAAGUCGGCCUUGUGCUGAAUGAUGACAAGAAGCGCCGCUUCAAAACCUUGGGAGUUCUGCUCGGCAUCCUUUUUGACUGUGUGGAGAUUUUCCGAGGCACGGGGAAUUGGCGUCCUCGGGUGAGAAGCCGAGCUCAGCCUUCCGGCUUUGACCCAGAAGAUUCCUUCACAAAGCUGCGCAAUAGCAUGGCCCGCCUGGUCACUUUCGUUUUCUGCAUUGCGAUCCAGUGCGGCCAAUUUGUGUCUGUUGAACAGCCCGCCGGGACGGCGCUGUACCAUCUGCGUUGCUACCGCUUGCUGGUGACUAUGGGCUGCGUGGUCAGCACUUUCUGUUUCUGCCACUACGGAUCUCCUUUCCUGAAGAGGUCCCGUUGGCUCCACAACAAACCGUGGCUGUGCCGCCUGGAAAGUGGCUGCAGCUGCAGCCGAAAAGGAAAGCAUUUUGAAGUUCGUGGCACUUUCACUGCGGAGCGUUUGGCUGAGUUUAGUGCCUUGGCUCGGCCUUCUGUCAGAGCCGUUUACGGCAUCGAGCCGGAGCUGGGUCAGUCGGUGGCAGACUUCAGUGGGGCCUACCCCCUGCGUCUUGCCAGGAUGAUGGCGAGCGGCUCGCUAGCUGCGUCCCGCGGCCACGUAGUUCCAAUGCCUGCCUCUGCACGCGAGAGAACUGUUCGAUGGCUGGAGCUAGACUCGCUUCAGUUGGUUCGGCUGUUGCGCCUCCUUCCAGAGAACCGUCAGCGUGGAUUCGUUCUCUGCUGGCCGGUGACGCGAGGGUACCUGUUCGUCUACGCCAUCACGGCAGUGCAGGAUAAGUUUCCAGCUCACCGGAACUUCUUGACUGAGGCUUGGCAGGUUGACAAGAAGUGGCAGC